ACAACAACACUUCCUUCCUCCCAUCACUCAACACUCAACCACCCAAAAACCAAAAAAAACAACAACAAACAACAAACAACAAACAAACCAACAAUGGCACCCAGUCCGAACAAACGACACACGAUCUCGACGACAGUCAACCCCUUACUAUCGAACUUCUCGAUGAUGUCCUUAGACCACCUAGCUCCGCCGACAUCCUCAACAUCAACAACGAGCGGUCGGGCCAAGAAGUCAUCAAACCCGAGUCCAUUGAAAGGAUCCAAGAGCUCGAGCUGCUUACGUCCAUCAUCCUAUCAUCAUCAACAGCAGCAACAACAACAACAACAACAACAACAAAAGUCUCAAUCCUCAACAAGUCUCGGCCAGCCGCUCUCAUCCUCCCUCCAUAAGGCCCUCUCCCGUCCGAUCAAUAGGGACGACCUCCUCGGCAGAGACCUCGUCCGUAAAGACUGGAGCUCCUCCUCUUCUUCCAACACUAGUCCUUCUAAAAAAACUACCGCCCGCAAGAAGGCAACCAGUGUCGAUCGGUACAUCACCCGGGACGUUGAUUCGUGUCAACUGGAAAGCAGUCACCCACGGGAGACGAACAGUAACGGGACGACGACUGGAUCCUCGUCUGGAGGAGGCGGAGGAAGUGGCGGAGGAAGUGGAGGGGGAGGAGGAGCAGGAGCAGGAUUGGAAUCGAGCCAUGCGUUGGAGCUCUCGACAGCCCUGGGCAUCGAUCUGAACCGGCGGAUCCUGAGCUUCGCGGCGGACGUGCCCUCCAGCUCGCGGGUCACUCGGGACCGGGGGGACGAGGCGAUUGGGAAGGAGCAGCGGGCGGCCAAGAACGGGAGCGGGAAUGGCCUCUCGAGCACGGCCUCGAACCCGCGCCGACAGGUGAGCGCGAUCCCCGAACGAGUUUUGGACGCGCCCGGGUUGAUCGACGAUUAUUAUCUGAACCUCACCGACUGGUCGGUCGACAACAUCCUCGCCAUCGCCCUGGGCGAGUCGCUCUAUCUGUGGAACGCCCAAACGGGAAAUGUCAACCAACUCUGUGGACUGGAAGAGGGCUCCUACUACGCCAGUGUCAAGUUCUCGGGCGAUGGCCAUUACCUAGCCUUAGGCACCUCCGAGGGCGCCGUGCACAUCUACGACAUCGACGAGGCCCGACUGUUACGGAAGAUGUUAGGCCGAGAAUGUCGAGUCUCGAGUCUCUCCUGGUCGGGCACGAUCCUGUCGGCGGGCGGCCAGGACGGCUCGAUCUGGAACCACGACGUCCAAGCGGCCCGACACAAGUCCUCGGAGAUGUUGGGCCAUCGCGCCGAGGUCUGUGGCCUCGCCUGGAAACCCGAGCUCGACGAUCUCGUGACCCUCAAUCCCUCCAACUCCGGCCUCCUCGCCUCCGGCGCUAACGAUAACCUCGUCAACGUCUGGGACCCCAGGAACCCCUCCGCACCGAGGAUGACCAAAAAUAACCAUCGCGCUGCCGUCAAGGCGAUUGCUUGGUGUCCCUGGCAACCCAAUAUGUUGGCUACUGGCGGCGGGACUUCCGAUAAGAUGGUCCAUUUCUGGAAUGUGAACACCUCCUCACGCCUCCAGAGUCUAGAAACGCGCUCGCAAGUGACCUCGAUCAUCUUCAACCCGUAUGCGCGCGAGUUCCUGACCACCCACGGACUGCCGGACAUGCACUUCUCGAUCCACACCUUCCCGGGCUUCCAGCUGGUCGCCGACGUCUCCAAGGCCCACGAGACUAGGAUCCUCCAUUCUUCCCUUUCUCCCGAUGGAUGUAUCGUCGUCACUGCUAGUAGCGACGAAAAUCUGAAAUUCUGGAGAGUGUUCGAAAAUAAGAGGGCCAAGGUCGGCUUGAACCCCGUGUUCGGAAAAGCUUAUCCGAAUCCGUUGGCUAGUAAAGACACUAAUCAACAGGACCAUCAUCAUCCCCAUUCUUUUAAAGGCGGAUUCGAACUCCGUUGAUCUUGCCUUCUCCUUAUUGUUUUGUUUUGUUUUGUUCUUGUUUAGUAGUUAUCGAGAGCAUUCGUUUUUUUUUGGGGGGGGGGGACUCUUUCUUUUAAUCUCGGUCACCAUUUUUUUUUGUUUUUGCUUUUUCUUUGCGGGCUUCGUCCCCCUCCGUGCUUUUUGUUAGACAACUCUCGUUGCACGGAAAUCCAUCUAC